GCAGACCUCUUUGAGUUCCGGGGCAGCCUGGGCUACAGAGGGAGUUACAGAAAAACUGGAUCAACAACGCAGAGACACUCUGUCUCAAAACCAAGGAACAACAAACUAACAAAAAGGAAUAGGUCCUUGAGAUGGGAGUGGGGAGUGGGGGGCAGGAAAGCCCAGGCCACAGCAGGAACAGGGGUUUACACGGACAUGGCCUUGGGCAGAGACCCUGUCACAGCCCAUGUGACUCUGGGAGAUGCUCCUGGGGCUAAGGACAGGAGACAUAAAGGAGGGAAGGACAGCAGCAGGACUGACACCGCGACUGCACGUCGGGGAGCAGAGACCAUGGAGUCCCCCUCUCUGCUUCUCUGCAAAGGGCUGCUGCUCACAGCCUCACUUUUAGCCUGCUGGACCUCACCCACCGUGGCGCUAAGAACUACUAAAGAAAUUCGGUUCUCUGCUGCCAAAGGAGCAAAGGUUCUUUUCUCUGUUCCUACCCAGGCAGAGAGCCUUGUCUCCUUUCAAUGGUACAAAGGGAAAGAUGAAAACAAAGAUUUUACAAUUGCCCAGUAUGAAAAGGCCAAGGGUUCACUUAAACUUGGGAAUCAAAUCAGUGGCAGGGAAGAAAUAUAUAUGGAUGGAUCCAUGAUGCUCCGGGAUCUCACCGAGGAAGACACCGGGAUUUACACCCUAGAAAUCGUUGGAACAAAUGAUCUAUAUGAUAUAACAUAUGUCCACCUCCAAGUGUACAAGAUCGUGACAAAGCCGUACAUCCUGCUCAACCACACUACAGUGAAAAGGGGAAGGAAUGUUUCCAUUUUCACCUGUGUGACACCUGACACUGAAGUUGACAUCAAUUGGUGGUUCAAUUACAAGCCCCUCAAUUUAACGGAAAGGGCCACGCUGUCACCUGAAAAACACAAGCUCACCAUCAACCCUGUCUGGAGGGCAGAUGCUGGGAUCUAUCAGUGCGAGGUCUCCAACUCCUUCAGCUCCAGGAGGAGUAACCCACUGAUGUUUGUGGUGGCUUACGGCUAAUGUCUUCUCGCUUCUUAUACCGGAGCGCUGCGGUUUUUAUGUCCCCAGCAUGCAAAGCAUAUAAAAGUUACAGGAGAAAGCUGUCAGUGCAUACACAGACUGCCAUCAUGGUGACAUAAACCUUGCAUUCCCAAAUAAAACACAAGCCAGGAGAAACAUGAGUACAAGGUCAGUUCAGUUACACAGUGGGACAACAUUUUUUUAAAAAACACCUCAGCAGGGGCUCAGCGGGUAAGAGCACUGGCUGCUCA